AUGCACCGUCGCCGGACCAGCCCCGGGCAUGCCUCUGCGAUGACGCUGCUCUACUCCAAGAUACACGCCAGGAGGCUCGCCUGCCUGCUGCUGGCCGUGGCCUACUGCGUCGCCGUCCUCCACCACUACCUGGCGUGGCGCCCGGGCUUCACGCGAACGAGGGCAUCGCGGCACGCGCCCGCGAGCUCGUGGCCCAAGCCGGACAACAUCACCGUCAGCGGCCUGGUGUUUUACGGCCGCCGGGACAGGGUCCGCACCAUGCUCUGCUACCUCGAGAGAAACAUGGUCGACAACGGAGGCUGGCUGGACGAGGUGCUCUGGAUAGGGAACACGUUCGACAGCGAUGACCGCGCCUACCUCGACGAGGUGAUUGCCAGCAACCCACGAUACCGCAUGAUCCCGGUGGAAGGCGAGAUGCUAUGGGUCAACACGUACUACAAGGCCUGGCAGCAGCUGGAGCGCGGGAAAUACUAUGUCAAGAUUGACGACGAUAUCCUCUGGAUCGAAGACGGCGCCAUCCCCCAGCUCGUCACCAGGAAGAUGAACAACCCCAACGACCUGGUGGUUUCCGGAAACAUCAUCAACAACCCGCCCCUGGGCUUCAUCCACUACGCCAUCGGCGCCGUCCACCCCUACCUGCCCGAGAUGUCGCCCCCUCCCCAAGGCCCAAAGACGACGUGGAAGCCGUCCCAGGACCCGCUCUGGUCCGGCCCCGACGACUUGUCCUUUGCCGUGCAGGGCGAGCCGCCUCACCAGGGCCACCGCUGGCUCCGCCUCGCGGACGACAAGGCGCUGCACCGGACGCCCGCCUCCAAGAUCAAGUGGGAGGUCUGGCACGACAGCUACACCAGCUGGGCCAUCGCCGCGCAGAUGCACUACUCGCUCCUGGAGAACAUCGAAAACGACGCGCUGCAUCUGUACAAGCUCAACAAGAUGUGGGACAUGAUGGGGGAGCGCAUCCGCAUCAACUUCAUCUGCGUGUAUGCGGAUGAGGUGCUUGACACGGACAUUGGCUCGUGGCCAGCGUACAAGGGCGAUGAGGAUAUGCUUGUGAUGGAGCUUCCCAAGCAGUUGAACCGAUCCGUUACCAUUGUCAGCGACGCUCUCGCCGCGCACUUCUCCUACACGGACCAGCAGAAGCUCGGGCAUACAGAUCUCCUGGAAAGAUACCACGUCCUGGCCCAGGAUCGGGCGUGUUUGAACCCGCGGCCGCAGGAGGACGGGUUCUAG